AUGCUAUCUUUCUUUGCGUUCUUCUCUAGCGCGGAAACAUUAAAGGUAGGUCAUCAUUCAUUUUCUUUUGAUCCAGAUACUGUAUACACAUAUCCAGCGGGUGACUACCGUUAUACAAUAAUUUACAACAUACAAGGAUCACCUAUAAUUUUAGCUGAUCAGACAUCAAAUGAUAAUUUAACUGUUGUUUCAAAGCUAUCAUAUGACUAUUAUUUGUACAAAUAUUUAAAGAAUAUGACAGCGGUUGUAUAUGUAAAUUUUAAUCAAAUUAAUCUUGAGGAAACAUAUCAAGAAGUUGAAAAAGGAAAAGUAUUUAUAUGUCUUUCUUAUGGUUCAAUGAAAGCAUCAUUUCUUAAGACCGGUGAUGGCGUAUAUGCAACAACAGGUCAAGAUCUAACCAUUUUUCAAUAUCAAGUUGAAAAUAACAAAGUAAUGGAUUUUCCAGGCGUUUCAUGUUUUGCCAUCAUAAAUAAUGGAGAUGGGGCAAAAGCAACACUCUACAGUUAUUCCUUUACAAACUAUACCUUAGAUCAUCUAAGUCCAGCAAAUCAAUCAGCUCUAAAAAAUGUUACUAAGGUAUCAUAUACCCCCACUUCAAAGUUUGUAUGCUGUCCCGGAUACUAUUCGCAAGAUGUUGGUAAUUUAAAUCCGACGAGUAACUUGCAAAAUGUAUCAUUAGAAAAUAACCGUAAUAUUGUAUUUCCGAAAACAUUAAAUGCUUUAAUAAUCAAAGUAAGUGGAAAAGACGCAAUAACAUUCAAGGGAGGCGAAACUACAAAAGCAUUCUUCUUAAGUGAUAAACCAAUUUCCAUGGACUUCAAGGUGAAGGCAAAUGGAUAUAAUAUAACUUAUAAGUUUAAUAGAGGUGCUGAUGAAUCAGGCGACCAGGAUGUACCAACCGAUUUUAUGUACACCGCUACGGAUAAUUGCAUAUUGGUUUCAAUUAAAACCGAAAGUGGUACAGUUGAAACUGCAAAUGACCCAACCGGGCUCAUAUCAUUCAAUGAAGAAAAUGUUACUGGCAAAGGAUUUUCUGCUACAGACGUGCCACCCAGCGCUCCAUUUAAAAAAGUUACGAAAAAUUUUACGUUUUUAAGCCAAGGAUGCCAGCAAAUUGAGAAUACCCAAUUGCUUUAUGAUCUUUCUCACUUUGCGGUUUUAUAUGAGAAUGAGACCAAUGAAUAUAAAUUUAAUCUGACGGGUAAUGUAUCAUCAGGAUAUGUAUGCGUUUCAAAAGUCAUUAAAGAAAAGCUUCUCGUUGUGCAAGGAAAUCAAAAACAACAAUUCAUCAAACGUACUGAUAACACGUCACAAAUGGGCGUGAUUUUUAUCUCAAAUACAGGAUGUGAAGUUGAAUUUUAUGAUGGAACAUUAAACAGAGCAGGCCCAGUUGGAAUAGUUUCCUAUGCAGCAGAUGAUAACACAUUUUCAACAGCUCAAUCAUCAGGUGCUGGCAUUUAUAAGAUGCAAAAUAUCAAAUUCCUUGAAAUCGACUAUGACGGCAAACAAAUUGGUGAUAUUCCAAUUGGAAUUAUAAAUGCAAAUGGAACAUCGCCACAACCAACACCAAAUCCAGGAACUAGCUUACAAGCAAUUCAAAAUUUCUUUUAUCUUCGAUAUGGCGACAAUAACAUUACAAACUCAGGAAACUUUAUACAUUAUUUUCCAGAAUUGACAGACAUUCGUGAUUCAUAUGCAAUUGUUUUUUCUAAUGAGGUUCAGAUUGCAAAUAAGAAUGUUGACUUUAAGGCCAAAUUUACUAAACUGGAUACUAAUCUAAAAGAGUUUACUCUGACAUUAGUUACCAUAUCAGGUGUCAAAGAUGUUGCAUUUUUGCAAAAUAAGAAAGAUUCUCUAUUUGUUAUUAAUUCAACAACUGUUCAACCAGGAAAGUAUGGCUGCAUUUUUGCAUCUGAUGUGAAUUACUCCUAUGAUUUAAGUAUUGGAAGUGGCACAAAACUUUCUGUUUAUAAAUUUGAUGGCACCGUUGAGGGCGAAUAUAGUGAACCACAAUUAUUCCAAUCAAGGAAAGUAUUAGCUGUUGUAUUCAAUGUCUCUGAAGAUAGUAAACCAAGCACCAUUGGAAUUUAUUCUAAAGAGGCAUCUAAUGGAAAGUCGUACACCAGUUCUAUUUCUAAUUCAAAAUUCCUUAGUGACUUGCAAGGUCAAUGGAGUGUGACUACAAAAGACUUUCCAAAACAAUUAUCUACAGGAUCAUAUUUCUUUGAAUUAAGCUCUGAACAAAGAUUCAUAGUGUCUGCUCAAAGUGAUGUUUUCUUUGUUCCACGAGACAUCAAAAUGUCGCAUUCAUGCACAUUAGUUUAUAGUAAAGAAAAUUCUGAAAGGGAACUUGGUUACGAGAUCUUUUCACAGAAAAUUUAUGGAGUUCAUUUUAAGGAAUCAAGUAAUUUCAUACUUAAAUCUGAAACUGCAAUAACAAUUUAUAUUUAUAAAUCAUCAAAUAGCAAUGCAAAUAUAGUUUUCAAUGCAGGUCAAACCCCAGAGAUAACAGCACCAGAGGAUAAGAACGCACCAUUUAAUGCUUAUUAUGCAUUCACAAAUCACUCAUAUAUUGUAGCUAACAUUGAGGGUUCCGGAAAAUCACCAAUGAAUAUGGAUGGAAAGACAGCAAUCCCUGUUUCGAGUUCACCAAUAGCUUUCCAAUUCCAAUCUGGAGAAUCAUUCCAAAAGAUCAAGGCCAGUCUCAAGACAGAAAAUAAUUUCCAAGAAGAUAAGUUUGAAAUCAAGAGUGGAGGAGCAAAUAACUUUACUGAUUAUGAAUCAAAGAGAAAUGAUGCCAAAAUCAAGAUAGGAGGCAGCCCAAUUUCCGGAGGAAUUAUAGCACUUAUUGUCAUCCUUAUUAUUAUAUUCAUUGCUAUAGAUAUCGGUAUCGUAUUCCUUGUUAUUUGGUGCAAGGCACACGAAGAACAUCCUGAAUUCAAGAUCGAAGAAGAGGACUUCAUUGAAGAAGAUGGCGAUUAUGUUGAAGGAGAAGAAGCUCCAGAAGGAGGAGCAGAAGGAGAAGAGGCUCAAAAAUUAGCUGCAGAACAAGAUGAAGCCCCAGAACCUUAA